AUGAGCCUUAUCAUUUUAUUAUUUUUCCAGAAUCUAACAGAAAUUGGCUUCGAGCAUGUUCCUUACCUCAAAGGUGUUGAUGGAGCUAUGCAUUUAACAUUAGCUCAGAAGAAUCGUCAGUUAGGGUACAAAAUUCCGUCCCCAUAUCCCAACGGCUGGUACGCAAUCGCGGAGUCAUAUGAACUGAAGAUUGGCACCGUGCAAACAGCUACUGCACUUGGUUUAAACUUUUGCGUGUACCGCGGUGAAGAUGGUGUUGCCAGAGCUGUGGACGCGUAUUGCCCACAUUUAGGGGCAAAUUUGGGCAUUGGAGGGGAAGUGAAGGGCAACUGCAUCGAAUGCCCUUUCCACCAGUGGAGAUUUGACACCGAAGGAAAGUGUAUUCACAUACCAGAUGUUGAAAAUAUUCCAAAAGGUGUCUCGAUCAAGACCUGGGAAACUAUGGAAGUAGACGGAGCUGUCUGGAUUUGGUACGACGCCGAGGGCAGGCCUCCGAUGUGGAAAAGUCCUCCGCACGACGAUUCUAAAGACUAUGGCUACCGAGGCAGAAAUGAGUUCAUCAUCAGUGCUCAUAUUAGAUUUAUUGUUUUUCAGAUUGGGCCAGCACAGGUGCGUCUGUUUUUCAACUCAAAACUCGGUCCAAUGGUGGUCUAUCAGUCCAUUACACCAAUCGGGCCGAUGCUACUCAAAGUUGUUCAUAGAGUCUAUUCUCCGUCAUAUAUAGCAUUGUUUGGAGUCGUAAUGGUAUACGGCGAAGCUUAUCAAUUUGAACGGGACGUCGUUGUUUGGAACAACAAGACUCACGUGAGCUCGCCGCCCUUCGUAAAGCCUGACAAAGCAGUGAAAGCCUUCCGAGAUUGGUACUCCCAGUUCUACAGCCCAAACAGCAAAUCAAUGAAAGACGCACUACAGAACCCAUUAGAGUGGUGAUGGAUCCAGUCAAUAAUUAGAAUUUAGACUAUAGAUUGGAAUCUCUUAGACUUAGAAAACAUUCAGUAAAUUUGAAAUUAAUACUUUUAUAAGGGUAUACAUUUAAAAUAGAUUGAAAAAAUAUAGACAUGGUUUAAUGUUUCACUACAAAACCCACCGGCUAAAUAAGACGCCAAAUUCGCAAAAUUGUACAAAAUCUGUUACACACUCAAGCGCCACUUAAUAUUAGGCAUUCAAUUAUUUGUGAUAGUAUAGAGCGAUAAUGUGACAAUUUCUUAAAAAUUUCAGUCAAAUACACAGCAAGUCGAUAAAACUUAAUUUUAACAUAAUUGCGUUAUUCCGCAUGAAAACACACUAUGAAAAAAAAAUUCAAAUAAAUCAGAAUACCAGCCGUAUUCUGAUAUUAGCGAACUGACAGUUCAGUUUUAAAAUCCAUUCAGCAUUACAAGAUGGCGGAAAAGGAAGAGUUUAGUGAAUUUGUAAUAACAUAUUUGUGAUGGCUAACGAAAAGAAAUAAGAUAAGGAAAAGAUCUAGAAAUAAACGAUGAUAUAAAUAAUCAAAAUCAAAAAAUAAACAAGGAGUCACGAUUUGAAUGUUUAAAGUAACUGUUUUUGACACAAAUUGACAGGUGUCAAAUUUUGAAUGCGGCGAUUUUUGUCGUUUCAAUCACGUACUAGUAAAAAAAAUAAGGACUUCGUGUCACCUUACAUAACAGUGUAGCACCAAAACAAGUUGAUUAACGUGUAUAUACAUAGCCCCACGCACACACUUACACUACUACAGGCCGAUAGGCGGCCAUUACGAGAAUUGUCAUCGUCUAUGACAGAUCAGUUUACGUCUCAAUAAAAUAUUUUAAAAAUGCCGUUGUGCGUUGUAAAAAAAGUGUAAAAACGAUACUAUAUAAGUAUUUGUGGCCAUAUGAUUAUUUAAGGGAGAAAAAAUUGUGUAACUAGUACCCCCGUAACCGCACACAUACUAGCAUAACGGUGCUUCUCUUGCUAAUAUCACGGCGCGGAGUUCUUCUUUUUUUACUCGACCGUGGUUUAAAAAUCAUUGAAAGUCUUUUCGGUUGGAGAAAUUUUAUCCUAUGCCAUUGAACAGUUGAUUAAAUAGGAUAAGAAGCAUGUUCACUCUUUUAACACACAUUAAGAUGGUCCUUCCGUACCCGCUGUUUUGAAAAUGUCAAACAGCCAUUCCGAACAAAUUAUAAGGCGCAACAUAAUCAAAGAGUAUAUUAUUUACUCUGAGCUUAAUGACAACAUACCUAGCACAUUGACAUUUACAUUUAAUUCAUUCCAUUCAUUCAAUGUUUGUGUAUAAGUUUUCACUACGAUAAUGUUAAGUGGUUACUAAUUUAAUCGACAAAUUUUAUUAAUAUAUGCGCUUCUAAAAUGUAAAAAAAAGGCUUUUAACUUGGCUUUGACUUUUACUUGUGUUUUGAGAGUUAUUCUAACAGUAUCUCCAAUAGCACUCAAAUGCGUGCUAUUGCUACAAAUGCUUAACAGAUACUUAGUGAGUUGACUACAGUUGGCCGCAACUUGUAUAACAAACAACCAAGGCGAGAGUCAAUUACGUUGGUUGCAGCCAGGAGAUGCAAAAAAAUGCAAUUUUACUUAAACUUAUUUAUUAACAGAAAGUUAUCACUAAGUACAAUUAAUUAUCUUAAUGUCUACUGAUCGAUGCUAUCAAAGCAAGUACCUAAUGAGUACAAUUACACACGAUCGGGUCAACGCCGUCAAUGAUGUCACCCAAGUUAUGUUUCUGCUGCGCUUGCGCCCUGUGCCUCAAGUGCCGUGUGCAACGUUUAUGGACUAUGCCUAUGGGGCGGUUCGCUAGGGUUAGCUAUGCGUAACACAUUUCCUAAGUAACCGUUAUCAUUUUAUUAGGUACCGACAGUCCACCAAUUGCCACAGAAUCUUCUUCUUGCAAUUAUAAUCCUAACUGUUUUGAUGAUUUUACAAGAAUUAUCAGCAAAGUGGAUCUCAAAUCAAUUUUUUCGAUGUUACAUGUUACCUCAGGAGUAUAACAAGAGAAAUAUUAUAGUAACAAUCACGGAAAAUAAUAACUAAUGUUAAGGUAGGUAGUCAGAAAUUGCAGGGACAUCUUCUGUAACAUUUGACUAGAUUCCAGUUGUUUUAUAAAUAGUUUUAAUAUAAUAUUUAUGUUCUUUUGUUCAGAAAUUAAUUUGUGGUGAAAGGGUGUGUGAGACGCAAUAAAUUUUAAUUGAUUUAA